AUGGAAGCAAGGUAUGAAUUUUUCCAAAUGAGAUAUGAUGCUAGAGGUAAACGAGGCUUCACAGGGUUGCAAAAAUGUGUAGCUGCAAUUAAACUUAUGGCAAUGGGGGAGUCGCCCGAUUCUGUUGACGAUUAUAUGAGAAUGUCUGAGAGGACCGCACGAGAAAGUUUGUAUUUAUUGGCAAGAGGUGUUGUCGAAACCUUCGGUGACCAAUACUUGCGCAAACCUUCGUUGCAUGAUAUGCAACAACUAUAUGUGGCGCAUGAAGAAAGACAUGGUUUUCCGGGUAUGCUUGGGAGCAUUGACUGCACACACUGGAAAUGGAGAAAUUGCCCCGUGGCGUGGAAAGGCCAGUAUUCGAGCGGUCAUCAUGGAGCGCCUUCGUUGGUAUUAGAGGUCAUUGCUUCACAAGAUUUAUGGAUUUGGCAUGCUUUUUUCGGGGUUGCGGGUUCUAACAACGACGUCAACGUUCUCGAUCAAUCACCAAUAUUUGACGACCUUUUGUCAGGAAAAGCCCCGGAUGCUCCUUUCACAGUGAAUGGAAAUGAAUAUAAGUUUGGGUAUUAUCUUACAGACGGAAUAUAUCCACAAUAUUCCACGUUUGUGAAGGCGUUUCGACACCCAAUAGAUCCAAGAGACAAAUAUUUCAAGAGACGACAAGAAGGAGCACGUAAGGACGUUGAACGUGCUUUUGGGGUUUUGAAAUCAAAAUGGCACAUAGUUGAACAUGCACCGAGACCUUAUGAGUUAGAUACUUUACGAUAUAUCAUGUAUGCAUGUAUCAUAAUGCAUAACAUGGUUGUCGAAGUUAAAGGACGCAAUAUUGCAAUGUAUUCGCCUACGGAACCAAGACAUGUGCAAUUUCAACCAGGGACAUCAGAAUGUUUACAUAGAGUGGUUGAUAUUCAAGAUCAGCGAAAACACAAGCAACUUCGUGAAGACUUGGCGAAUUACAUCUAUGUUGGUCACGAAGAUGAAGAUGAAAAUGAAUAG